GUGUCCUAGAGAAGGGGAAGGACGAUCUGAGGAUGGUCCUGGGGCAAGAGAGGAGGCAGGGGUAGUUUGGACGCGGUUGGGACUGGCGGGGAGUACUCAAGAGUUGUCCUAGAGGAGCGGGAGGAGUCAGGAAUAGUCCGGUAGAGAGGAGGAAGCGAAGGGGUAGAUUUUGGAGAAAGAGGAGGAGCCUGGGAUGGUCCUGGGGCGGGGGAAAAGGAGGAGGAGGAGUCAGAGAGGCGGAGGCAAGAGGGCACUCAGUGGGUGCUCCAUGUUGUGGCACUCGCUGCUCCGGGUCUUGCGGCAGCGGUGGCACCGCUACAAGUACCGAUUCGUGCCCUGGAUCGCCCUCAACUUGAGCCAGAAUCAGAGGACCUUGAGAUACGUUCCAGACAACUCCAAAGACAAAAUUAUUCCAGAUGAAGAUGUCUUAGGAGCAAUACUCAAAGUCUUUCGGGCUCUGUUCAUAAAUGAUUUCAGUAGACAAACGGACAUCCUUGUCUUGCUUCCAGAAGCCAUUAAAUCGGAGUAUCAGCACUCGCUGGUUUCUCAUCAUCCAAGGACGGAAAAGCCUGUAAACAGAAUUCAGCAACAAAAGCUCUGCCAGCCUGGAGAAGUUCUCUUUAAUACACUGGGCUUCAGUAUUUCCCGAGAAACUAGUUCAUUGAUUUCUGCUGGAAAAGGUGUUUUUGUUACCAGAGGAUUUGUGCCAAAAGGAACAGUUGUGUCUAUGUAUCCUGGUACGGUGUAUCAGCAGCAUGAGCCAAUUUUCUUCCAGUCCAUUGGAAAUCCAUUCAUUUUUAGAUGCCUAGAUGGGAUGCUUAUUGAUGGAAAUGAUAAAGGAAUAUCAAAAGUUGUGUACAGGUCAUGCAAUGGGAGGGACCAACUGGGCCCUUUUAAAAUGAGUGACUGCACAUGGCUGACCUCGGAGGUCCAAAACCCCCUGGCCGUGGGGCAGUAUGUGAACAAUUGCUCCAAUGACAAGGCAGCUAAUGUGUGUUAUCAGGAAUUCGAUGUGCCUGAACUUUUCCCCAUGGAAUUGAAGCAGUAUCUUCCAAACAUCAUGUUCAGCCGUGACACACGAAGAAAAGGAGAUGGCCUUUUUCUCGUAAUAGAGAACUGGGAGACAGGAAAGCAUGGAUUCAAGACCUGCUUCUGGUCCAUACAGGGCCAGCUACUUAACGUCUCUGUUCUGGGCAGCUCUCUUAAGAUAAUAAAUUGCAGAGAAAGUGCCAGCCUGCAUUGGUCAGGGGUUUUUUCCCCAGGGAGUUCCCUGUGCCAGAGAAAUCACAGGUUCUGACCAUUUCAUUCUCCCUACUGAAUCAAACACCAGGAUUCUGUAGGGCAUACUUUGGGAAAGACGUGGAGCUUUUGGCCCAAGAUAGACUAGUAGAGCCGGAGCAAGAAGAAGACUUUCAUCUUCUGGAACACAUUAGCAUCAGAUGAUAACGGGGGUCAGAAUUAGGUCAUUACUUAACCCUCCAGGGUUCAGUGGAUAGAAUUCUGGGCUUGGAGGCAGAAAGACCUUACCAGCUGGGUGACCCAGGGCGAGUCACUUAACUCUGUUUGCCUCAGUUUUCUCAUCUGUAAAGCUGGAGAAGGAAAUGGAAAACCACUCCAGGAUCGUUGCCCAUAAAACCCCAGGUGGAGUCAUGAAGAGUCAGACAUGACCCAGAUGACAUAGACUGGCCUUAUUUGUCUAAAUACAAAUUCCUGUGAAGGCAGGUAGAUAAUGGUUACAGAUAAUUAUGCUGUCCCCUAUUGUUUCCCCAGUUGUUGUGUAAAACAUACGACUGUUUGAAAUGAAAAACGCUCCCCGAAAACAAUCAUCUCUGUGGCCAGAGUUUCUCCGUCCCUUCUAUUGUAGCCUCCAAAACAUGUUGAAAAGUGGGCAUGGUGAAGGAGCACCACCGGAGAGGCAAAAUGAGCAUCUAAUGAAGUGCUGGAGGGUUAGAAAAGGCUGCAAAUCAGAAUGGUGGUUCUGAGUAUAUUUAUGUGUCUAGUGUGUAGAUUUCGACCUCAGAUCCAUUUUUGGGGGGGGUAAGAUAAAAUGCAUAAGCAGCGAGCCAAAAAAAAUUUGUGCCACUCAGAUGGGGAUACUUCUUUCAGGUCAGCUGCCCCUGUUUGGAAAUUCACAGUAAUUUCUGUGUCAAACAAAGAAGAGCUUCUUUUUGAAUAAAAGAAUUUCUAAGGUCUAAUUUAUGAAAGAUGUGAUUCUUUUGAAUAAAAGAAUUUCACAUAAA